UUAACCAAGAUUUAACGGCGUUUUACGAAUCAACGUUAUUAUUAUUUUUUCUUUUCGGUCUCUCUCUCUUUCCCUAUAAAAGAGAUUGCGCCACUCCAGUUUUUUUCAAUUGACUCCAAAUUUCAUUUUCUUUCCUUUUCUGUUUUUCCAUUUCUUCCAAACAGAAAAUUUUUGAAAACAUUCAGUACUGUUUCAUAGGGAGGAAGAGAGAUUCAGCAAUGGAGAUUUCUCGGAGAUUCUUCUUCUCUUCAUUUACGUUGCUACUUGUUAUGUUGUUCGUUUGUGUCAAUGGCUCAGCAGAGAAAACAGAGCUGAACUCAAGGCUUGCUGAAGGAAACAAAUUGCAGGGCUUGAAAAACUCAUCAACGGCAGACGGGUUGGAUGAUGAUAAAUGGAAAAAUGAGCACGCAGUCGACAAUCCUGAAGAAAUUGCUUCAAUGGUUGAUAUGACCAUAAAAAAUAGUACAGCAAGGAGAAACUUGGGAUAUUUCUCGUGUGGAACAGGGAAUCCAAUCGAUGACUGUUGGAGAUGUGACCGACGAUGGUAUCGUAGGAGAAGACGCCUUGCAAGCUGCGGCAUUGGGUUUGGACGCAAUGCUAUUGGUGGUCGUGAUGGAAGGUACUAUGUUGUGACUGACCCUGGCGAUGAUAACCCUGUGAACCCCAAACCAGGAACCCUCCGCCAUGCUGUUAUCCAAGACAGGCCUCUUUGGAUCGUGUUCAAGCGUGACAUGGUGAUCACGUUGAAGCAGGAGCUGAUAAUGAACAGUUUUAAGACGAUUGACGCUCGGGGCGUCAACGUGCAUAUUGCUUACGGGGCCUGUAUCACCAUCCAGUAUGUCACCAACAUUAUCAUCCAUGGACUCCACAUUCAUGAUUGCAAGCCCACCGGCAACGCCAUGGUCCGUAGCUCCCCUUCUCAUUACGGAUGGAGAACCAUGGCUGACGGUGAUGGCAUUUCAAUUUUCGGGUCGAGUUACAUCUGGAUCGACCACAACUCGCUGUCUAAUUGUGCCGAUGGACUUAUCGAUGCUGUAAUGGGAUCCACUGCGAUCACAAUCUCAAACAACUACUUCACCCAUCACAAUGAGGUUAUGCUGUUGGGACAUAGUGACUCUUAUGUAAGAGACAAGCAGAUGCAAGUCACCAUUGCUUAUAAUCAUUUCGGUGAGGGCCUUAUCCAGAGAAUGCCAAGGUGUAGACACGGAUAUUUCCAUGUCGUAAACAAUGACUACACGCACUGGGAAAUGUAUGCAAUUGGUGGAAGUGCAAAUCCCACCAUUAACAGCCAAGGCAACCGUUACCUUGCCCCUGUUAAUCCCUUUGCUAAGGAGGUGACAAAGAGAGUGGACACAUAUAGUGAUGAAUGGAAACAUUGGAAUUGGAGGUCGGAGGGAGACCUGUUGUUGAAUGGAGCUUAUUUCACUCCAUCAGGUGCUGGAAGAGCUGCCAACUAUGCCAGGGCCUCGAGCUUGAGCGCCAAAUCGUCUUUCUUGGUCGGCACCCUUACUUCGAAUGCAGGUGCCCUUGCCUGCCGCCCAGGCCGCAUGUGCUAAUGCUCAUCAAACCCCAACCAAAAAUCCAAGCGAAACAAGAUGAAAAACAACUCAUUUUUCUUCCCACAUAAAUAUAAUAUUAUAUAUCGUUUAAUAUAGUACGUAGCAUUCCCUGAGUUUUUACUGCUUAAUCAAUCCUUUUGACAAGUGUACAAAAAAAGUCCAUAGAAAUUGUCAUGUACCUCUGCCUCAUACACAACAAUUUCACUUGUCAUAAAACGCCAUUGAUCGACCUCGGCCUCUUUAAGGUGCCGUAGUGUUGUUCAUUUCUUUGUUGCUUCUCUUUGUAAUUAUGUACUUCGCUUUAACAGUUUCCCCCUGCUUUCCCACUUUGGCCCCUUGUAUUCUUGUCUCUUUGAUGAAUUUAGCCAGUAAGUAAAUUGCGUAAGUAUAAAGUUUCACAUACGUUUCGAAUUUGUGAUUAAAAGAAGAAUCCUCACUAGGCCUUUUAGGUGAUCAGUUGUAAUGAAUUACAUAAACCCUAGUAAAAAUUUUUGAAUUUCCACCCAAGAAAAAUAUAACCUUUUUCUCAAGAAACAUUAAGUCAUUAAUCAAGCACUACCACUUCUUUCCUACUUGACAAGCAGAUAUUAAUAGCAGUAAGGCAAAUGAAAGGUGAUAAUUUGAUGAAAAAUAAAAAACUUUGACAAACAAAAGCUCAAAAUGGGGUGCCAACUUCACUCCUUGUUUCUGAAGGGCUAUAUAAAGCGGAUCUGUUCCUUGGUCUAUUGUCUUCCAGCUGCUUCACAACUUCAUCCAUGGUGGGUCUCACUGAAGCUACUGGAGCACAGCAUCCCAUUGCAAGCUUUAGUGCUUGAACUAACCCGUCUUCCAUCGGACUUCGAAUACCUUUCAACACUU